AUGAGGAAUUAUACGUCGUCAGUUUUGAUGGAUCGGCUCGUGUCAAGAGAGGUGCGCCUACAGCGCGGUCUUGUGAGUGGAAGUUGCCCGAAUGGAGAAAUAGAAUACCAUGGGUUGUUACUAUGUCUGGAUCUGUUGGAAGAUCUGGAUCCACAGCGUCUGGUGAUCUGCGGAGACUCAAACCUGGUGAUCCGACAAGUGCGAGGAGAAAUUGAUUGUAAGGCGCCAGGUCUGACACUGUUACGUCAGCGAGCCUUGGAACGACUGCGUAAAUGGCCAGAUCAUGAACUAUUGCACGUCAAACGAGACUGGAAUGGGAGUGCUGACAGCCUAGCAGGUGCUGCUCUACAACAGCAAUGUGGGAUCGAGAUAGAGUCUGAUGCAGAGAUCCAGGAUCUCAUGACUUUGAAUAGGUUGGAUGAGGUCCUGAUAGUGAAGGUCGAAGUAGAAACCGUACGGGUAUCAGUGGUGACGACCCGAUCUAAGGCUAGACGUGUGGGAUCUGAUCCAGACUCCUUACGAGAGGAAGUCGUGAGAGAGCUACGGAUCGAGCGGAUCCGACAAGCGCAGGACGAGGAAUCGUGGAUCAUGGGCUUGAAGAAACAUCUAGCCGGGGAGAUCCGGGAUCUGACACGAGAAGAGGCUAGAAUGUUCGGAUCCAUUGCCAUGAAUUACGAAGUAGACCAGCAGAAUCUACUCUUCUAUUGCCCGACAUCUAAGGAAGCGAUCGCAGAUCGAGAUAAGCUGAUGCAACUAGUGAUACCUGAGACGCUUCAACAGGACAUUUUGCACCACUAUCACACGAGGCGGUCACCAAGGGGUCGGCGCACCUAUCACCUGAUCCGUGAUCACUUCCACUGGAAGGGUUUAUACAAGAGUGUACAACGGUAUGUGGGGGAAUGCGUCGACUGUGAGACAGGCAAAGGAAGACCUCGGAUCCAGGGCGAGUCGCCUGGUAACCUUCAGGCAACGUACCCAUUUCAGAUCAUUGCCAUGGAUCAUAUACCCUCGUUGCCUAGAUCCUUCAACGGCAACACCGAAUUGCUGAUUUUCGUGGAUCUGUUCUCAUGA